GGUACGUGGUUGGGUCGGGUGGACGUCGUUCACGAGAAUCGUGUUGCUUGCUCCGAACGCUGGCUCAGACUGCGGCCCGGGGCCUGGGCAGCGAAGAUCGAGGACUCACACCACAUCUCCCUCGCUCUCGCUUGAUUCCAUGCGGCAUCGAACUAUCGUCGCCGAUGGUAGCAGCCGGCCGCGAUGUACACGUACGAGCAGAGUGGCGAGCGCGAUGAGUGAAAGCGCGGAUCGCGAUAUGUUGACUCAGCAUUGCUCGAGCCGCAGCUGCGACUUCUCAGAUUCCGCGAAACAUUAAGAAAGAGUUUGUGUCUGCGCAACAUUCGCACCGUCAGCCGCGGAGCGGACCGGUGGUCGACGGGCUGAUUUCGCGAUCAGUGCAGCGCGGAGUAUAUAUGGCUCGACGGCCAGCCUGGAUCCCCCCUUGAGAACGAGCUUCGAGCAGGUCGAAUUGGGCGGGACGGCUCAAGGAGCCGGAGUGAAACUGAAGUAGGCAUAGCUGCUGACAUUCGGGCUUUAUCCUUGCCGACAAUCGAGGCGACGACGGGGAGUGAGGACGAGGGGUGGGCGUGAGCGAGUGAGCGAUCGAUCGAUCUUUCGAUCUUCUCGGCGAGAAGCAUCGGGUGCAGAAGUUUGUGAGGAGCCAUGAAGCCGACAAUCGCAAAACUGGCCGGUCCAAUUGCGCAGCAAACUCUUUCUAAUUUGAAGUGUGUGACGGUAGACGUGACAGGGACGCUAAUCGCCUACAAGGGUAGUCUCGGCGAUUACUACUGUUUGGCGGCCAAGAGAGUCGGUUUGCCGUGCCCUGACUACGAUCGGAUGCAUGAGGGUUUCAAGGUCGCUUACAAGGAGAUGGCUCAAACGCAUCCUUGCUUCGGAAACGCAGCCAACAUGCCCAACAUAGAGUGGUGGCGAACCGUUGUACACAAUUCGUUCUUGAAGGCCGGUUAUGAGUACGACAACAAGACAUUGGAAAAAAUCUUCAUGCGUAUCUACCGAACUUUUGGCUCGGCCACACCCUACACUCUGCUUCCGGAUGCCAAGCCAUUUCUGCAGUGGAUUCGAAAGCAGGGCAUCGUUGUCGGGGUCGUGAGCAACGCCGAGCACCGUUAUCGAGAUGUAAUCCUGCCUACCCUGGGCCUGAAUCAGGGAUCAGAGUGGGACUUUGGGGUCUUUUCUGGAAUUGAUGGAGUGGAGAAACCAGAUCCUAGAAUUUACGAACUUGCCAUGGAGAGAGCAGGUGUGCAGAACCCUGACGAAGUGUUACACGUCGGAGACAGCUACAAGAAGGAUUAUUUACCAGCUAAGAGCCUUGGAAUGCACGCCGUUCUUCUGGACCGCUUCAAAACAGUUGAAUCCAAGACGUGGAAAGAAAACGGCGCAACUGUCUUCCCCGAUUUGAUCGAGGUUGAAAAAUGGAUUCAUGGAAAGUGGGGCAUCACACCCGAAGAGAGAUGUGCGCAGGUGGCAGCCGAGGCCGACAACCAAAUCCCGCCAUCUGCCGAAGCAGCGAGCGCAUAGGCUCAAAUUUUGUAUACUGAUCUGAUACUUUGUAUCCACAAUUAGGUCCAGUAUACAUCCCGGCUCAAGCCAGCAAGGAUUGCCGCGAAGCACGCCUCGCUGUCCGGCGUAGUACACCGUAGUCUACUGCAGAAUAUGGUGCUCUUUUGAGGAGAAAUAUUUGGGGCGUAGAUAGACCCAAUGUAAUAUUUGUAAAUUCUAGAUCAAUUUGUGUAGAAUUAGUCAUUUUGAACAUACAAAAUUUUCCUAAAGCUUCAAUCCUUCCGAUCCACGCAGAGCACACAUUGCUUCCCUUUUAACACGAGAAGAUAGGCCACAUAUCUGGAAUCAAAGCUGACAGGUCUCUUUUGAACUUAACACAUUGGCAGCCAAGUUUUAUACAUUCCAUUGAACUGAUUUGUGGAAGACACGGAAUUUCCAGAAACCCAGACCAGUGAGUCACUAGCCGAUCUUUGAGUAAAGACAUGAGGUUGGACCAGGAGUCCACGUUGUACCGGAAAGACAGCGCGAAAUGCAGCAAAGCAUGCACAAGCUGAAGCAACAGUAGCGUGACGAAGAGAACUACCGUGCUCAAGAAUAAUGAACAUUACCUUCUAAAAUAAGGCAAUAUCUCCCAAAACAUGUUGGUUUUGAAGGCUAAACACUCCAGGUAACUAGCCCACGG